AUGGAUGAAGCUCAUGAAGAUGUGAAAAAAAUUGGAGAAGAAGCUCAUGAUGUUGUGGAAGAACCUAAAGAAGAAGAAGUUGAACUACAAGUGCCAGAAGAUAUGUCUUGUAUAGAUGAAGACAUAGCCACCUUGAAUGGUAAUGAUGAUGACAAAGAAGAUAUUCCAGUGAACAUAUAUGAUUAUAGAACUAGAACAUCUAAUGAGUUAAAAUAUGAUGUCGUUGUAAUGAAUUUACGAUCGAGAUGUUUGUUAGAAACUUUGAGUUUCGAAUUUAGUGCUAGAAAAUUUACUUAA